CUUCGAAUGUCAGUCGAUGGAAAACGUGCGCUCGGAUCGUUUGUACUAGUAGGUGCGGUUACGUUACCGCUAUACCUUCCUACGCUUUGUCUUAUCGUGCCCAAACUGACACCACUGUGAAUCUAUGUUUCAUCGAUUUAAUGUGCUGAAAUUUCAUAUUUUUGGUUGAUUUUGUUACGAACGGAUAAUAUGAAUAUUGUGUUAUUGGUUACUCAUGCAGAUUAAAAACAAGUGUCAUUGGACAAGAUCAGUCAUCCAUUUAGUGCAAGUGAGUUCGACAUAAAACGUGAUAGAUGCCGUACAAUACAUUGAGAACACACCGAAGUUGCAUAAGAUAGAAGAAAUCUGAGAAGUGCUAAGAACGUCGAGAUUCUUUAGUGGAGGUGGCGAUCGCUUUGCUAUCCGUGGUUGGCACCAACGUUGUACUCACCGGAAGAGCCAAUGUUAUUUUAAGAUCUCAUAUCCCUUGAGGGAGACCAGCAAUGGUGGACUAUUACAGGACACUAGGUGUUACUCGAGUUGCAUCCGAGGCAGAAAUAAAAAAAGCUUACAGAAAACUAGCAUUGAAAUGGCACCCUGACAAGAAUCCAGAUAAUGCUGAAGAAGCUAAUAGACGAUUCAAAGAAAUAUCUGAAGCUUAUGAAGUUCUUUCAGAUGCAAACAAGCGGAAAGUUUAUGAUGCACGGGGAUCCAGUCAUCACGCACACAGAUAUCAAAGCAAGAACGGAGUCAAUGGGCAUCGCCACUUUAACUUCAGAGGGUUUUUUGGAGACACGCCAUUCCACCGCUUUUUUGAGAGGAAACGGCGAGUGUAUGAUCAAUACGGUAAAGAAGGGUUGAACAACGGCAGAGGCAGACGAUCCGCCCCCGACUACGAUUACGACUUCGGCUAUCCCAGCUUCCCGUUCACAUUCCGCGACCCCGAGGAGGUGUUCAGAGAAUUCUUCGGCGGGUCUCCAUUUGGUGAUUUAUUUGCAGAAAUCAACGGCCAUGGACAUCAACAGCACAGGCACGGCCGCCGAAGUCACCCAAGCACCUCACUUACUUCAUCCCUCUUCAGUCCCUUCGGGUUCGGCAUGCAAGGACUCGAUGAUAUCUUCGCGCAUGCCGCGUCCAACGGAAAUGCUUUCACCUCAUUCUCUACAUUCAAUAGCUCGCUGGCGGGACCCGGCAGCGCUAACAUGAGAAGUACCACAACCACCACGCGCAUCGUUAAUGGGAAAAAGAUCACUACCAAGAAGGUGACAGAGAACGGUCGAGAGACAGUAAUGUCGUAUGAGAACGGGGUCCUGAAAUCAAAGACUGUUAAUGGCGUACCUCAAUCAUUAACAUAUAGUUAAACUUUGAUGUAAUAGCUUAUAACCAAACUUGAUCCAAAUGUACUCAACAUGUUAUGCGAUUUAUGAGUUCCAACUUAUAAUUUAUAAUUUUGCUUUAUUUAAACAUGUUGUUCCAGUCACUGAAAAUUUUAGUGGUGGAAAUGUCUAAACUAAAAUAAUGCCUAUCUAAUGUUAGUUGUAAUAGGUUACUAUUUGCUUCUAUACCUACUUAUGUUAACUUUAAAUAAUUAUAAUUUGAGUGAGAUUUUAGAGUAUUGAUCGCUCAAUGUAUAAUCUCGCUCUAGGAAUAUUGUGUUCCAUUCGUCGUCGUACGUGCAUAACGAUGAUCUCCGACUCAUUACGAGCUUGUAUGUGAUUAUGAAAAUGACACUGCGCUCUUAUUUUCUUUUGUGUACUGCGACGAUAGUGAGUUAUUUUGCUGCCAACGUAAGUUUUAUUUUUUUAGCAGAUAGGGUAUAGACAUAUAAUCACAGUUAUUUUCAUUUCGAUUUUGUUAAACAUUUACAGCGUACGAUAGGAAGAUUUAUUUUAAUCCAUUGAAGUAAAAAUUAAAAAUAAUGAUACAUAAUUUCAAUUAAUGGCAUUUUAAUUUCGUAGUUAAUAUUUGUAAGACUUCAUGUUGAUAGAAGGAGCUUUAAUUGACUGGAAAUUUACUGUCAGUUUAUUCAAUAUCAAUUGCGUAUUUUUACUAUGUGGUACUUAUAAUAUAUUAUUAAUAUUUUUGUGUAGCAAACAUAGCUCUCCUAAACUUAUGAAAUAGACAACUCCCUAUGGUAAUAAGGUAAGUAAAUAGUCAAUCCCAAUUCAUUUCAGACAUUUUGAAAUAUUUUUCAUAUUGCAAUUCAUAUUAUCAUAUUAUUAUAACAAGACUUGUCGUAACUUUAUCAAUGUGGAUACCUUAACAUAAAGGCUUAGUUAUCGAUAUUUUGUAAACGUUUAGUCGUCUGAUUCCACACAGGCCAUAGAAUAGGUACACGUGAUACGUCAUUAUUAUGUAGAAGACUGUAUCAUAUAGUCAUGUUCGAAAUUCUGCAGUUAAUAACGUCUUAAUUAAUGUGUUUGCCAAAAAAUAGCUUUGUAAGUUAGAUUUUGCCAGAAGGGUUAUGCAAAUUUUUGUUUGGAUUCAAUAAGUAGACUCGUUCAGUUACUUUUUACCCCAGUUCAGUGAAUUGUAUUAAUUCAAGAGGGAUGCUUGGGCCAACUCAAAAAAUAUUACCACUAUUGCCUUUGACGAAAGCUGUUCUGUCAGUAACAGAGCAAGGUAAGAAUGUAAAGUUAAAGUCAAAGUAUACUAAUUUUGUGUUCAUAUUUGACGGUUUAGUGGCGUAAUUUAUGUAUAUAAAUUGACACUUUACUUUUUAAUGAAAAUAAAUUUGCACUCGUGAUUUCAAGUAAGAUUUUCUGAAUAAGUGCUGGUAAAUGUAAAUAUUUCUCGAAUAUCGACACUUACCGCGCCGGCCUUGAGAGCCAGUGACACUUAAAUAAUUAAUGGACGAUGAUAAAGAGAUUUUCUCUUCAAGCUACUAAACUUGAUCGUCAAAGAAAAAAUGGUAUAUUAUCUUACCAUACCAUUUAGAAUCUUACAGACGUCUGAAUUAUUCAUAUGAGUUGCGAAUACUAAGCUUAUCUCUCGUUUUGAGCUAUUUAUAGCUUUGGACUGGGGUAGAUAAUGUAGAAAAAAUAUAUACAACCAUCAUAUAACCAAUGGCUAUGCUAAUUCAAUAUGUACUUAAUCAAUUCUACUGCAAAGAUGAAUUUCCUUUAAAUUUACAAUGUAAGUCUAAAUGUGUAGUGCAACAAAUACCGCUUUUCAUAGUAAAUAGUGCCAUUACUAAACCAGAAGCAACAGCCUAGCACACAUUAAAUGUAAAUAAUAAUGUUUAACUACAAGAUCUCGUUCUUAAAUUGUCAGCAACUAUAAAGCACUGCAGGAGGAAUUAAUAAAUAAAAGUAAUUUGUACA